CAUCACAGUUGUCUCACGAGAUCAAAACGAGAACGUCACACACCACUUCCUUUCUCUGCGUGCCCCGUGUGUAAGCCACAUCACCGGUUGACAGACCUGAAGUGAAAAUGGCUCCUAGACGUUCCAAGAGCAGCAAGAACCCACCAAUUCUCAGCCAUGAAUUUUUUAUCCAAAACCAUGCUGAUAUUGUAUCCUGUGUUGCUAUGGUCUUCGUCAUCGGUCUCAUGUUUCAGGCAACAUCACCAGUAGCUUCACUGUUUGUUGCUAUGCAGCACAACGUAACUCAAAAUGACACCGAAGAUGCUGAUUUCUCCCUGUAUACGUACGGAACGAAGGACAUGUUCGCUGUCUUCUUUUACUUCCUCAUCUGCAUCGUCAUCCACGCUGUCAUCCAGGAAUACAUCCUUGAUAAGAUGAAUCGCAAAAUGCAUCUGUCAAAAGUAAAGCACAGCCUGUUUAACGAGUCUGGUCAGCUGUUGUCGUUCUACCUGGUGUCAGCUGUUUGGGGCGCAGACAUCAUACUGAGAGAAAGUUAUGUGACAAAUAUAAACCAGUUAUGGGAAGAGUAUCCGCACUCACAACUGCCAUUCAUCGUGAAAUUUUAUUUCAUCAUUCAAAUUUCCUACUGGUUACAUUGCUACCCUGAGCUCUACUUCCAAAAGACAAAGAAGGAUGAGAUGGGUUCUCGCAUCCAGUAUGCCACCAUGUACUUACUCUUCAUCACUGUGGCCUAUGUGCUCAACUUCAGCCGAGUGGCGUUGUGCAUGCUGGUGCUGCACUACACAGUGGAGUUCGUCUUCCAUGUGGCGCGCCUUCUCUACUUUGCGGAGAAAACAGAAUUUGCUAAUACUGGAUUCAUGAUAUUUAAUGUUUUGUUUGUCCUGGUACGGCUUGGUUCCAUAACUCUGGCUGUUCUCACUUUCUGGUACGGCCUGGAGCAGAGUAGCCAGGACACACUGGAUGCUGCAAAUGGAAACUUUAAUACUAAAAUAAUCAGGAUCAACUGUCUGGCAGCCGUGUGCAUACUGCAGGCCUGGAUGAUGUGGAACUUCAUCACCUUCCACCUCCGCAAGCUGCGAGAAAAGAGUGCCGCUGCCAAGAAGACGAGGUCCCCAAGCAAGAAGAAGGUUAAAGCUCUUGACGAGGAUUUCAGUGCCCUGCCAGAGGUUGACCAGAACAAUGCCACAGAAAAUGGAUCAGUGCGCAACCGCUCUAAGUCCAAGAAAGGACUGUAAUUGGCUGAUGUGCUGUGUUGUUGAUAAUUGGUUGACAAGUCAGACAUCCCGCUCUUUUCUUCAUUUUACCUAUUUGAAACUGGUGAGAUGUAAGCCCAUGUAAAGCCUUGUUUCUUUCUGUUGUUAGGGUACCUUCUCAUUCUCUGACUCUUGGCCAAUUACCAAUUACACGCAAGUCAAUGACUGACGGUAUUUUAUUUUUAAAUGGUGGAGAUUUGUCAUGUCUAAAUGUUAAUCUGCAAAGUGGUUUUGGGUGAAUGCUUCCAUCUGUUCUGUAUUGUAAGCACAAAACAUUGGCCUCAUCUGAUAUAAACAGUACAGUCAGCUUCACAAAGGUCUCUCAUCACAGUGUAGCAUACAUUUGUAGUUGUUUUCACUUGGAGUAACUGGCUGGCAUCGCAUUGACAACACUAGCAAGUAAACUCAACAGUCAGAGCUCAAGUAAGUUGUACCUCCACUGCCUAUCAGGAACACCAUUGAAAACUUCUUCUGUUUCCAUGACAACUUUAAUGACCCUCAGGAAACAAAACAGAAUUGGUUGAGUAGGUUUGAAUCAUUAAAAUUCUCACAUCCACUAAGUUGUAUUAUUUCCAUCAAACUAACAAUAACUGCUUGCUCUGACUACAUAAUUAGGCCAGACCAUUGUGUUUUUUCUGUGUAUUAUGGACCCACUGAACUGAUUUAAAAUAAAAUUAAAAAAAAAAAUUGUAUUUAUUUUCUUUUAAUAAGUUGCAGACAAAACUAAAAUAUAUAUCGAUUUCCCAAUAGAGGGGAAGUAACUCUUCCACAGUUGCCAUCUGUAGAAGUGGAAAUUUCAUUGGACGACUGCUCUGUCCCUGCUGAUCAAAUCAGGUCUUGCUGAUUACUUUCUUUUGUGCAUAACUGAAAAUGGCAUCAAGUCAACCUGGUUGGAGUCUGAGAAUUGGUUAUUUUUGCCAUUUCCCGCACGGUUUUGGCAUUAAAUGUCAUGGUCACAUGCUCUGGUCAGGAAAUGUUUAUCAUUUAUCGGGUUGUUUCUUGUCUAUUCCCCCCCCACACUUCUUUACAACCACUUUGGUCCAAAGAAUCCGUAAUAUAAAACAAUAAUUGGUCUGGCCUAAUUGCCUCCUUUCCACACAGGAGCUAACUACUCUAUCUGAUAUAUCUAGACUGGCUAAUAAUGAGUGUUUAAUCAAACUACUAGUAUCAGCAGUUAUAUUGAACUUGCCAGUUGACCUAAACAUGUACAACUGUGCAGGUGUAUCAUUGUAUCAGCAUAUUUGUCAUUACAGAGAUCUGAUGAUCAUAUAGUGAAUUUUGUGAUUGAUUUGAAACACUUCAAUGUAUACAAUAUCUGGUCAAGUAGCACCCAUCAAGCAAUGUUUCCAUGCUUGUCCUUCCACUGAUUGAUUCAAGCCUGGUGUUCAUGGUCUCGCUGUGAUUGUGUUAUUGUACAGAUUCUGUAGGAGCACUUAAGGUCUCAAGAUGUUUGUGUGUUGAUGAAACACUGGAUCUUCUUAAUGAUCUUCCUUCUCCAUACAUAAAUUUAAUUAAUUUUUUCAUUUAUUGAUCAAAUAUGUAAUAGCAAUAUGGGAAAAUAAUUGUAUCAUCCUCGACACCCAGGGUUGUUUUUUUUCAUAUGCUGCCACAUAAUCCCUGGAAAGCAGAGUAGGACAGUGGUACCUAGAAUACUGAAAUCUACUUGUUUUCUCCCCUUAUAUUCCCAUUAGUAAUUUUUCAAAUGGACAAACUGUUGUGAAAAUAAGCUGUGGACAAACUGGGAUUUAGUUGUAUUAUAGUGACAUAGAAACAUCCAAUAAACAAUGGACACCAGCCUGCGAAGUUUUGUUUUGGAAAGUUACCAACACUAUCAGUGAUUUCUCAGAGGUGUAUGGAGGAAAAAUCUUGGGUGUCAGGGAUAGGGCUGCAGAUGCUGGAAAUAACUGCCAGAGGUCCAUUUGUCAGAUGCUUUGGUCUUGUGUGGUGUAUGGUUAUCUUACAGUGUCUCAAUCGUGAAUUGCUAGCUGUACAUUAAGGCUUUCAUUAUCCAUCCUGAUACAAUUGUUGGAAUUUUUUUCGGCAUUUUGUGGCCAAAUGGAAGCAACCAAAACUUGAUCUUCUUGAUCCUAGGAUUCUAUGCUGAAGAAAGUGACCUCCACGAGGUAUGGCUUAACAACUGAUGAAUGUUUUCACAUAUGAUGGGGCCAUACUAUCCUCAGACUUAAUGAAUGUUGAAAAAACAUGGCACCCGGGAAAUGUGUUUCUGAAUGCGUACAAGCUCCACAUGUGUUGUUUCAUGCGCCACGAUGCACGAUGUUGAGAGAUGUAUGGUGAUUGUUGUUUAUGUACAUGUGAAACCCAUACAUUAUUUUCCUGGAUAUUUUGUCAUAUUCUUAACUCAUGAGAUGAUUUGUUGUCAUAUUUCCAUUAUACAUAUUGUUCAUUGUUUCAAGGAAAUAUGAUUCAUUGUUGAGUUGUAUGCAUACAACUCAUGAAGAUUUAGAAAUAGGAUUCAGUCAAUAAGUUGUUAUCAUGGUUAUAUAGCUCUAUUUUCCCCAUUCAAACAACUGUCUUGAAUGUUUGCUUGACUGAAUUUCAUGUUCAUUAGGAAGAAAGGUAUGAUAAUAUUCAAGGAUAUUUACUUCACUGCAGCAAAUGUAUUUUGAUAUUGUUGUUUUAUAUGACAUGACAUCUAGUCUUUAGUUUUUGUCAAUCAUGUCAUUUAUGAGAUGUAAAAUAAUUUUGUAACGAGAACCAUGAUUUACUUCCAUUACAUAAAGUUGAGCUCUUCAUGAGACAUGUUUGAAUGAUCCGUUAAAGUUUUCUCUUUGCAUUCACACUGUCAGUCUUUGAAUAAGAUGGCCAUGUUAGUAGUUCCAUCAAUUUUAGAUUAGAUACGUUCGUGUCCUAAUGCUUUGUAGGGUCGUUCCGCUUGACUGUUUGUGUAUGGACACUGUUUAACUGUGCUGAUAUGAAUGCAUUGGUUACUUGACACUGAUUUCAUGGAACCUCUCGUCAAGCCUUGUUUUUCCAUUUCAAGAUAAUGUCAUUAGGCCAGAUCAAUAUUAUUUCUUGUUUUACGGGUGUGCCUUGCCUAAAUUUUCUAUAAAAACAAAUUGGUAUGAUUGAAAGUAUACAUUUUGUUUUGUUAAAUCUUAUAUUUUAAGAUAUUUGGUAAAUGAACCUCCAUCAAUUCUUGAAGACGUUUUUAAUUUCAUAUUUUGCUGCUUCAUGUGACAAGGACACUCCGUAAAACGAGGAAAGAAAUUGGUCCGGUUUUACAUUGUUUUAGAUGAUGCCAAGUUCAAUGGGUUCUGCUUGUUUAGGCCUGUAUAUGCUGUAACUAACCAUCACUCCUGCUACUCAAGUAUGUCAGUCAGUGUAGAAUAAGUUGAGAUUCACCUCAAGAUUCAUUCUCUGUCACAUAGACACAUGUUACUUUGCCAUCGAUUGUUCUCAACAUUGUAAAUAUCUUAAUCAUUAAGCAGGAGAUAUGUUGUAGGUUGUAGGAUGAUAACAAUGUAACUAUAGAAACUGACUUGCAAUCGACUCUUGGUACAAAUCCUCUCAAACCUUGGACAUAUUCUUAGUGUGUCUUUUUGGUAUGAAUAGAACUAUUAUUCUCAAUGAGAAUUGAGUGUGGUCCCAUGUUAAUCAAUGGUAAAAACUAACUAUUGAAAAAGAUUGAAUUGAUUUAGGCUUUAAGGUGCGAGAAAGUCCAUGGUUUGAGGGUGUGUCCAGGAAGAGCCUUCUCUGUAUGGGCUGUGGGUUACUUCCUGUCCUGCCUUGUGUUAGUACCAGCGCCUCCUCCCUCCCUCCCUCCCUCCUUCUGCUGCUGUACAUCUGCUGCCAUCGCCCACGCAGUCAUGUGUGAAUUUUGUACAAUAUAAAGUUGAACAUUAAACCUGACAUUAAAUUUC